GUCCCGCAGGCUGCGGAGAGCGGUAACGCCGAGGACUUCAUGCGCCUAUAUCUAAGCGAGCCUUCGCGUUUGGCCGUCCGGGACGUCAGGGGGCGCACCGUCGCGCACCAGGCCGCCGCCAGGAACACCACCAACAUCCUGCACAUCAUCACCAACUAUGGCGGAGAUUUAAACGCACAAGAUAACAAUGGCAACACGCCGCUGCACGUGGCCGUCGAAAACGAAGCGUUGGACGCUAUUGACUUCUUGCUGCAACAACACGUGGAUACCGGCAUCAGGAACGUGAAGUGCCAGGCGCCUAUACAUCUGGCUACUGAGCUGAAUAAGGUGUCGGUGCUCCAGACGUUCGCCAAGUACAAGAGCCAGUUCAACGUGGACCUGGGUGGCGAGCACGGCCGCACCGCGCUGCACUUCGCCGCUAUACAUGACCACGACCUGUGCGCCAGAGUCCUGAUUACCGACCUGGGCGCCAUCUGCAAGCGCCCGUGCAACAACGGCUACUACCCCAUCCACGAGGCCGCCAAGAACGCCUCCUCCCGCACCAUGGAGGUGUUCCUGCAGUGGGGGGAGUCUCUAGGCUGCACCCGGGAGCAGAUGAUCUCGCUAUACGACAACGAGGGCAACGUGCCGCUGCACUCGGCGGUGCACGGCGGCGACAUCAAGGCCGUGGAGCUGUGCCUGCGCUCCGGAGCGAAAAUAUCUACACAACAACAUGACUUGUCUACACCGGUGCAUCUGGCGUGUGCCCAAGGCGCUCUUGAAAUCGUCAAACUGAUGUUUACAAUGCAGCCAAAAGAGAAGCUGGCCUGCCUGACCUCGUGCGACGUGCAGCGCAUGACGCCGCUCCACUGCGCCGCCAUGUUCGACCACCCGGACAUCGUGGACUACCUGGUGAAGGAGGGCUCCGACAUCAACCCCCUGGACAAGGAGAGAAGAUCGCCCCUUCUUCUGGCCGCCUCCAGAGCUGGAUGGAGAACAGUUCAUACUCUGAUCCGGCUGGGUGCCGACAUCCGGCUGAAGGACAUCAACUCUCGCAACGUGUUGCACCUGGUCGUGAUGAACGGUGGCAGGCUGGAAGAAUUCGCUGCCAACUGCAAGGACCGCUGCGAGAAGAGCCUAGCCCAACUCCUGAACGAGAAGGACAUGGCCGGCUGCUCCCCCCUCCACUACGCGAGCCGCGAGGGCCACAUCCGGUCCCUAGAGAACCUCAUCAAAUUAGGAGCCUGUAUCAAUCUGAAGAACAACAAUAACGAAAGCCCUCUGCAUUUUGCUGCCAGAUACGGGCGUUACCACACAGCCUGCCAACUUCUAGACUCUGAUAAGGGCACGUUCAUCAUCAACGAGAGCGACGGCGAGGGCCUGACGCCGCUGCACAUAGCGUCGCGCGAGGGCCACACUAGGGUCGUGCAGUUGCUGCUGAACCGAGGGGCACUACUGCAUAGGGACCACAACGGCAGGAACCCGCUCCACUUAGCGGCCAUGAGCGGUUUCACGCAGACCAUCGAGCUGCUGCGAUCUGUGCACUCGCAUUUGCUGGACCAAGUGGAUAAAGAUGGGAACACGCCCCUCCACCUGGCCACGAUGGAGAACAAGCCCAACUCCAUUGCAUUGUUGUUAUCGAUGGGCUGCCGCCUCAGCUACAACAACAUGGACAUGAGCGCCAUCGACUACGCCAUUUAUUACAAGUUCCCUGAAGCCGCGUUGGCUAUGGUCACUCACGAACAGAGGGCUCACGAAGUAAUGGCGCUGAGGUCCGACCGGCACCCGUGCGUCACGCUCGCCCUCAUCGCAUACAUGCCCCGCGUUUUCGAGGCCGUGCAGGACAAGUGCAUCACGAAGGCUAAUUGUAAGAAGGACUCUAAGAGCUUCUACAUCAAAUACAACUUCGAAGCCCUUUGCCCUGUCCUAACGGACGACGAAACGAAGAAACAGGACGCCGUCCCCAAAUCACAGGCCGUACCGCUCCCCGCGUUGAACGUAAGUAGUAUAAACUUUAUUAAUAGUAUAUUCUUGUCACAGAUUAAGUAUUCUUUUGGCAACUACCAACACUCAAAGGAGGAGAUUGAGGCGCUGAGGGUCGCGCUGAACGACCCGAAGUAUAGACCCGAACCGUUGUCUGUGGUCAACGCGAUGGUAGCCCACGGACGAGUAGAACUCCUCGCGCACCCCCUCAGCCAGAAAUAUCUUCAAAUGAAAUGGCACUCGUACGGGAAAUACUUCCACCUAGCCAACUUGUUGUUCUACAGCAUCUUCCUGACGUUCGUGACGGUGUAUUCGUACUUACUGAUGAUUAAUACAGACUCGAGCUUUGAUGACGCCAAGUGUGAGACGAAGAAUACAAAUAAGACCGGUACAAAUGACACAGGGCAGAAUAGCACGGAGGUGUACUGUAGGAACAGAGGAGAUUUUCAUGCAAAUUUCGAGGUACUAGUAACCAUGUAUACAAGUACGGUGGCCAUCUUGAUUCACAACGCGCUCUGCCUGGUACUAGGCGCGUAUAAGAUGAAAGAGCAGAAGUGGCACUACAUGGUCGAUCCGUCAAAUCUGGUGUCGUGGGUGCUGUACGUAUGUUCAACGAUCAUGGUUCUACCGACGGUGCUUGGGUUUUACACUGAGAUACAGUUCUCUGCCGCGUCGAUCACCGUGUUCCUGUCCUGGUUCGAGCUGCUGCUCCUGCUGCAGAGGUUCGACACGGUCGGCAUCUACGUGGUCAUGUUCCUGGAGAUCCUGCAGACGCUGCUCAAAGUCCUGAUGGUCUUCUCCAUACUGAUCAUCGCCUUUGGACUCGCCUUCUUCAUACUGCUGUCUAAAGGUCACCACUUGUCUUUCAACAGCAUACCAAUGUCUCUGAUGCGGACGUUCGCAAUGAUGCUGGGCGAGAUAGACUUCGUCGGUACUUACGUGCAGCCCUACUAUGAAUCAGAGACGGAUAGGGUCCUACCGUUCCCUAUGCCGACGUUUGUGAUUCUGGGGACCUUUAUGGUGUUAAUGCCAAUUCUUCUGAUGAAUUUGCUGAUCGGUCUGGCGGUUGGAGACAUUGAGAGUGUUAGGAGGAACGCGCAGUUGAAGAGGUUGGCCAUGCAGGUGGUGUUACACACUGAGCUGGAGCGGAAGCUGCCCACCAUCCUCCUGGAGAAGGUGGACAAGAACGAGCUGAUCGAGUACCCCAACAACAAGAACUGCAAGCUGGGCUUCCUGGACCUCAUACUGAGGAAGUGGUUCUGCAAUCCCUUUACUGAUGACGCCAGUCUCGAUCUCGUGCUGGAGAGCAGUGAAGACUACAUCAGCGCAGAACUAGACAAGCAGAAGAGAAGAUUACGGGAGAUGUCUCAACUUCUAGAACAACAGCACAUGCUGAUACGGCUUGUGGUACAGAAAAUGGAAAUAAAAACGGAAGCCGAUGACGUAGACGAGGGCGUGUCCCCGGGUGACACCCGCGUGGUCCCACGGUGGAGCUCCCCGCGCAUCCGCAAGAAACUGCGGACAGCGCCCUCUUUUAACAAAAACUAA